AUGGACGUGGACAAAAUGCAAAUGGAAGGAGAGGAACUGAUGGAGGACAAGAAAAAGGCAGUUCCUAAACCCAAAAAUAAAUAUGAAAGAGUGUUCCAGCCCUGUUUAGCAGAGCUGAUAGGGACUAUGUUUUUUGUUUUUGUUGGCUGUGUAUCUGUCAUUGAGAAUGUCCCAGCUGCUGGGAGACUGCAGCCUGCUUUGGCACAUGGGCUAGCUCUGGCCACACUGGUAGCAGUCAUGGGUAAUAUCAGUGGAUCCCAUUUCAACCCUACGUUCACUAUCGCCAUCUACCUGUGCGGGGGCAUUGAACUCACAAUGGUGGGGCCGUACCUUGUGAGCCAGUUGAUUGGAGGUGUGCUGGGGGCAGGAAUGGCAAAGGUGAUGACUCCAGCCGAGCGGUACAUGAAUGCCACAGGAGCAGCCUUCGACAUCCUGAGGCCGGAGUCGAACAGCCAGCUCUACAGCGCCCUCUUUGGGGAGAUGACCAUGACGUGCAUGCUCACUAUGGUGGUGCUGCUUGUGGCUGUCAACAACAAAACUAAAACUCCCAUGGCUCCGUUCCUGGUGGGCUGCACUGUCAUCGCUAACGUGCUUUCAGGGGGUGAUAUUUCAGGGACUUGUCUGAACCCAGCCAGAGCUUUUGGACCUGCAGUCAUCGCUAACUACUGGAUGUACCAUUGGGUCUACUGGGCGGGACCUAUAAGUGGAGGCCUGCUGGCAGCUAUCUUACUCAGGCUCAUUCUUGGAGACGAGAAAGUGCGUCUUAUUUUGAAAUCAUAGUGGCCAGUUUUGUGUAUUUGUUUUGUUUUAAGUUACUUCAACUUCUAACAGUAUAAAUGUUAUGUAAAUUAUCACUAUGCAAACCAUGUGGUGGUUUGCAAGAGUGGGGGCAAGAGUCAGUUUUCCCUAUUGAUUACAUGGUCUUGUCAUAUGAAAUAUCUAAAAGGUAAAUUCACAAAUUUUGAACCUAAUGAUUUCUAUUAGUGACAAGCACCUCAUCUGUUUUAUAUAUUAUAGAUCUAUAGAAUAUUGUGAUGUAAUUUGAAACCCAGCCAUAAGACA